UGCUCAGUGAUUUUCUGACUUCUGUCAAUAUGUAGAUUAUGUACUUGUAUUGGUGAAUUUUUAGCUUUUGUGAAAAUAUUUACCGUGUUGAAUGUAAUAAAUAAAUCGAAGUAAGGGUAAAAGUUAAUGUCGUCACAUGAAGAGUGCUAGAGUUUAACUAAAGUAAGUGAUAAUGUCAAGCAUGUCCGACCGCAAGGCAGAGCUGGAGCGCAAGAAAGCCAAACUCCAAGCUCUGCGGGAAGAGAAGGACAGACGCAGGCGAGAGAAAGAGCAGAAAGAUGCUGAAGAAGCCCUGCAACGCGCCUCCACCGCGUCCAGCCUGGACAGUCGUCGCGACUUGGACGAAAUGCUGUCGUCGCUCGGAGUGGCGCCCGUCAAAGACGUCCUCUCGUCACUGUCGUCCAUGACGUCACUCACGCCGCCGCAGACAGCCUCACCUGAUGCCAGUCUACCACACACUGACAAGUCCAGCUUACCUCCGCAUGGAGGCCCAAAGAAACCACUGCAACUGCAAGUGGUCUCAGUUCAAUCAACUGACAUUCCACCCAAGGAGAACGUUACAUAUGCUAAACAGACGCAAACUACUGCCUCUGGCGUCACAGAGUUGCGCGAUGGCUGCUCUUCCAAUGCAUCACCGCUUGCAGGAUACAUGGAGGACUGGUGGCGGCCGCGCAAAGCACACGCCACUGACUACUACGACGAGUACAAUCUAAACCCGGGUUUAGAGUGGGAGGACGAGUUUACAGUGCUUACAUUCGACGGGGACGGCGCUCGGCAAGGCGAGGACGAAGAGGCGGCCUUCCACGGUAAACUACCACCGGGCAUCCUGCCUCACGGCCUGCCGACCGUCAAGGAGGUGCAACCGGCCGUCACCGCAGCGCCGCAAGAGAAGAAGGAAGAGGAGAAGGAAAAGAAAAUCCGCGAGCUGAGCAACGACGAGAAGCAAACGAUAAUGCUGUCGGCGGAGUUCCAGAAGUUCAUGAGCCGCGCCGGCCGCGUCAUCGAGCGCGCGCUGGCCGAGUCCGUCGACAUCUACACGGACUACACCGGCGGCGGCGACAACGAGAAUGCUCAGGACGACAAAUCAGAUGCGCGUCUAUCCCUCGUGCGCACGUUCUACGACGAGCGUUGGUCUCGAGGCCGCUGCGUCACGUGCCUCGACUGGUCCUCGGCCCAUCCGGAGCUGAUGCUGGCCUCGUACCACAACAGCGACGACGCUCCUCACGACCCCGACGGAGUGUGCCUCGUGUGGAACACCAAGUUCAAGAAGUCCACGCCCGAGGAUAUCUUCCACUGUCAGUCGCCAGUCAUGAGCGCUACUUUUGCCAGAUUCCACCCGAACCUCAUCCUGGGUGGAACGUAUUCGGGGCAGAUCGUGCUGUGGGACAACCGCGUGCAGAAGCGGACGCCCAUACAACGCACGCCGCUCUCUUCGCUCGCACAUACUCACCCAGUAUACUGCCUAUCGGUAGUGGGCAGUCAGAACGCCCACAACCUGAUCUCUGUCUCCACGGACGGGCGCAUGUGCUCCUGGUCUCUGGACAUGCUGUCCCAGCCUCAGGAGACGCUGGACCUUCACCACAGGCAGAACAAAGCCGUGGCCGUCACCUGCAUGGCGUUCCCUCACGCCGACGUCAACAACUUCGUGCUGGGCAGCGAGGACGGCAACAUCUACACUGGGUGCCGACACGGACAGAGAGCAGGCGUGUCAGAAAGCGUGGAGGCGCACGCAGGCCCCGUCACGGCUGUGGCGUGCCACGCCGCGCCCGCUGCCUUAGACCUGUCGCAUCUCUACCUCUCCGCCUCUGUGGACUGGAGCGUCAAGCUGUGGAGUCUUAAGGAAAAUAAGGCGCUGUACUCGUUCGAGGACAGCGGCGACUAUGUAGCAGACGUGCGCUGGUCGCCCGCUCAUCCUGCCCUGUUCGCCGCCGUGGACGCGGCCGGUAGACUCGACCUGUGGAACCUCAACAGAGACACCGAGGUGCCGAUCGCGUCGGUGAUGUCGGAGACAGGAGUAGCCUUCAACCGGGUAUCGUGGAGUCCGAGCGGUGGCCACGUCACAGCGGGCGACGACGCGGGGAAGAUCUGGGUCUACGAACUGGCUGAGAACGUGGCGCAACCUCGUCACGACGAGUGGAGCAAGUUGGUGUACACGCUGCAGGAGUUGCGCAACAACCAAGCCGACGAGGAGACGGACCGCCUCAGCCUGGCCACCUCCCUCACCAGCCUCAGCUCACUGGCCAGCAACCCUCUCAGAUAACUGCUACACUGGGACAUUCGCUGUGGAUGGAAGUUGUAAUGAGCGAGGCUGGGUUCCCAUGUCACUGAAGGAAAUUGUGGUGCGAGAGAAAAACAUGUUUAAAUCUAGAUCUUUUAAUGCUCUUAACCGUUAUAACUAUAUUUAAAAGUUGCAUACAAUAAAGUAUAAUAGCCUAAAACUGCACAAAUGCAUUUUUAUCAAUAAUUCCAUAGUUCAAGAUGAAUGGAUUGAAAUUGACGAAGGUUCCUUCCUUUAACUGUAUAAAAAUUAAAGCCAGACAUAUUUAUAUUAUGUAUAUCUGAAUUUGCAAGGUGUUAUUUCGUAGCGGGCGGCCCAGGUAAGAGUGGCGGCCAGCGUGUAGAACAAACUUAAUAUUUACAAGUUGGAAGGAAGACACGUGGACGUGUCCUAAUCGAGAGCGGGUGCCAAGCGGCAUGGAGAGUAUGGCAUCGCGCCCGCUGCCCGCCGCGCAGGCGCAGGACGCACCCGCUCCCAGCUGGGCCGCCGACUUAGAGCCUUAAUAAUUAUUAUAGGUUUUAGUAUCAAGGUGUAAUUAUUGUUAUCAAUUAAUAUUUUACUCAUUAUCAAGUAUUAUUGUAAAAUUGUAUUUAUAUAAUUUAGAACAUCCUGUGCAUUGCAUGGUCCUUGAAAUGUAACCAUGCAUGGCACGCCAAAUGAUACCAUACAUGGUUAUUUUUUGAAUGUCAGUGCAUAUGCAAUUAAGUAUGAAUUGUAAGAGAUGAAAUAUGAAUAAAUUCAUUGCUUAUUA